GAAAGAAUAAUCCUCUAUUCGAUCCGGAAAGGUUUCUGCUCUGUCGAUCGAUCGAAUCGCCGGCGGCGCCGUCAGUCAUGGAGCCGACCGGCACCGGCGCCGCCGUGGUCGCCGAUUGGACGAGGCUGCCGGAGGAUAUACUGGUCACCGUCUUUUGCCAGCUUGAGAUACCCAGCCUCCUCCUCUCCGGCGCCGUGUGCGCGUCUUGGCACGCCGCGUACCGCACCUUCCGCCGCCUCCGCCUCCCGUCGCCGAAGCAGCCGCCGUGCCUCCUUUACUCCUGCGACGCCUAUGGUCCCGACGCCGCCGGACUCUACUGCCCUUCCACCGGCGCCAAGUACCGCAUCCCCGUGUCGUGCGGCGGCGGUGGCGGCUUUCGCAACCUGACGCUGAUCGGCUCGGCGGACGGGUGGGUCGUCGCCGCCGACGAGAUCGGCAACCUGCGCCUCCUGAACCCCCUCACCGGCGCCCAGGCCGAGCUCCCGCCGGUGUCCACGAUGCACCACGUCGAGACCGCCUUCGACGAGGACGAAGGCGGCCUCGUGUACGACAUCGAUGAGGAUCCAUCCGAACACCCCCCCCCCCCCCCCGUGCGCAUCCCGGCGCGCGAGGCGCAGAACUGCAUGUACGACAGGGCGGUGCUCUCCUUCGGCCCUCGUACUCGCGCCGGCGACGCCGCGGCGGCGUGCGUCGUGCUGCUCCUGCACAAGCCCAUGUGCGAGCUCUCGUACGCCAGGCCCGGUGACGAGCGGUGGACGUGGGUCUCGCCGGGCGCCGGCACCGGCCUGCAGUGGCGCAACUGGUACUGCGACGCCGCCUACAACAAGGACGAUGGCCUACGUCGUGCGGCGAGACGACUCCGUCCAUGCCCUGGACCUCACCGGCCAUCGCCGGUGGCGAGGAAGGUGUUCCAUGAGCGAGAAUGGAGCGAGAGCCUAGCUUCUAGAUUCCUCGAGAAUGUCCAUGGGCUAUGUGGCAUCCCUUUUAGGUACCUUGUCCACACGCCGUCCGGCGAGCUCUUGCACGUCUGGAGAUUUAGGGAUAGCGUCAGUUCCUACGAUUUGUCGUUAGAUGAUCAAGACGACAACGAUGACGAUGACGAUGACGACUCCGGUGACUCGCUUCAAGAGGAAUCCUCACCGGAGGAUGAGGACGACGACUCAUGUGACCCACCUGAUGAGGAGCUCGUCACCGAGGACAUACAGCUCUACAUGACUGACUUCCAUGGACAGAAGCUCGAGGCGAUGGACAGCUUGGAUGAUCAUGCGAUGGACAGCUUGGAUGAUCAUGCUAUGUUCAUCGGUUACAAUGCUCCCUUGUGCCUUCCAACCAAGGAUUUCCCUGGAUUAAGCCCAAAUUGCGUCUACAUCACGGAUGAUUCACUCGAGUAUAUCAACUAUUCUAGAAGAAACAACAAGCGAGACAUUGGUGUGUGGAGCAUCGAGGAUCAGAAAUUGCAAAGCCUUGGAGGAGCAUCACCUAUUAAAGAUCCUUGGUUAAAUUGGCCCGCUCCAAUCUGGAUAACACCCUCCCUUUUAUAGGGGAAAUGAAUAUAUGUUCCUGAGACAUGAUUAUUAAAUCUUACUAGUUAAUUGUUUUGACACUGGUGUGCUACCCUAGAUUUGUGGCAUCAUAAACUAUUGCUGUUAUUGUAACAGGGUGUCCUCACCUUUUCAUUAGUUGAUAACAUUUUUCAUCAUUG